AUGGAGAAACCUCCUCAAAUUCGCCGAUUUCAUGAGCUUCCGUCGGCUGAGGAAUUCGCUUCCAGGAUUGAGCCCAGAAAUGUUCCGGCGGUGUUCAGUGGCUGCGUAAAGAAUUGGAAAGCUUUUUCUAAAUGGGAUGUGUCGAGUGGCGGUCUCGAUUACUUGCAGGAAUUGGUGGGCUCAUCAGUUGUAGGGGCUAUGAUAUCCAGUUCUGCGCCUGUAUUUUAUGGAGAUAUAAGAAGUCAUGAAAGGGUUCCACUGCCAUUUUCUACCUUUAUUAGAUACUGCAAAGAUCUUUUACAAUGUGGUGAUGGUGCCCAAGGCUCCAAUUCGCCUUUAAGGAAGCAUAAACCGGAGGAACAUAUUUUUGAACGUGCAAAUCAAAUUACAGAAGAAGAAUGUUCGCAGCAAAUCUAUUUAGCGCAGGUACCAAUUAUGAAUGCUGAAAAUGAAGAGAAUGCUCAGUUGGAAUGCUUAAGAGAAGACAUUGAAAGCCCUGUAUUUCUGGAUGGCAAGAAACUUGCUUCCAUCAAUUUGUGGAUGAACAAUGCUAGGACUCGAUCUAGUACUCACUAUGAUCCGCACCACAAUCUUUUAUGCAUAAUUUCAGGAUGUAAACAAGUUGCUUUAUUGCCGCCUUCAGCUUGCCCCUUCCUGUAUCCGUUGCCCUUAUAUGGAGAAUCUUCGAAUCAUAGUGCCAUUCCUUUAGAGAAUACGAAUUUCAGUCUCUAUCCAAGGGCCAUGUCGAUGGAUCAGUACUCCCAGAAGGUUAUUCUUCAUGCCGGUGAUGCUGUCUUCAUUCCUGAAGGAUGGUUCCACCAAGUGGACAGUGAGAAUUUAACUAUUGCUGUAAAUUUCUGGUGGCGAUCUGACAUUAUGUCAAGCAUGUCAGAUCACAUGGACGCAUACUAUCUACGUAGAAUAUUGAAAAGGCUGACUGACAAAGAAAUGGACCGGAUGCUAGGUAAGCCUUCACAUGCUGUCAAUACAAACAUCGCUGUACAUGGUCAGUCUAGUAAUGUUAACCAUAACGAUGAUACCAUGGAUAGGAAGAAUAUUGCUGCAAGUGGUCGGCCUGGUAAUGAUAAUGAUGGUCACCAAAGAGAAGAUUUGUAUCUGAACCAUCUGACAGUGACUGUGAAAGAAAAUGAGCAAGAAUUUUCAUUGCAUGAGCUGCAACCACAUGCACUUAAAUCUCUCCAUGAACUUGUUUCCUUAGUCCAUAACCUUGUAAACCAGAACCAAUCAGUAAGCAACUUUUCAGCGGAUCGAUCCAUUAGCUGCCCAGAUGAAGAUGAAGUCAAGGGAAUUAUUAAAACAGACAUAUUUAAUUUGGAAGCUGAUGCAAUUGCUAAUGUUGUUUGGAACCUCGAUCCAUGUACCUUUCGAAGCGUCUUUCUCGCCAUGGCACACAACUUUCCGAGGACACUGGAGGCUUUUGUCAUGCAUGGUCUCUCAUCUGUGGGCGCAGAAGUCCUUACCAGGAAAUUUGAGCAGAUGGAUCAAGUUAUUUCCGAAGAUGAUAGGAGUCAAUUUUACCAGAAAUUUUACAGUGUGUUCGAUAAUCAGUUCUCUGCCAUGGAUACUCUUCUAAAUGGAAAAGAGUCAUUUGCACGCCAGGCAUUCAACAAUGUGCUGGUCCAGUACUUGGGUACUAAUCUAGAUAGCACAAAACCAUCUAUGCAAUAG